AUGGCCGCUGCAACCCAAACUGCGAGGACCUCCCCCCAGAACUCCAAGAUGUCCUCUCCCAAGGAUACCAAAAGUAGUCUUCCUGUCGUGACUAAGACCGAAGAAUCCGCAAAAGAAGAGACGUCUACCCAAGACAAGCACCUGCGACGACUGAAGCCGAAGCCAAGCCCGCAACCUCCAAUGCGCAACCGCUGGCACCUCCACCCAAGCCUGCGCCAUCAACAACUGGCGAUACACCCGACUACUUCAACACGGUACCACAAUCCCUUCUCGCUGGAGCCGAACGUCUUCGAGCAGUCCUUUACCGGCGGCAACGGCAACACCAACGCCAACGGCAACGUAGAAACACCCGGCGGCCGCACUGUCCUGCCGCCAGUCGCAAACCUCACCUCGCCAUCACCGCUCCCCGGCCUCACUCCAGGGUGGCAGUCGUCGUUGCGCCAAGGUCCCCUGAGCCCUGCCAUGCUGAACGGACCCACUGGGUCAACCGACUACUUCAGCGAAUCGUUUAGAGGCUUCCCUACGCCCAACGAGUCCUCUUUAAGAACUGGACUUACGCCUGGUGGAGGCGGGUCUAUGUUCCCUGCGCCCAGCCCUAACACCCAGGCCAUUUUCAACCUCCAGAGCGCCGGCAUCACCCCUGGCACAGGCGAUUUCCAAGCCGCUGCCCUGCGUGCCGCUGCUCAGGCUAACCACAACAAGAACAACACUUCGGGCGCACCCACCUCCCAACCCGAGGGAGCAACCGCUGGAAUGGAUCGCCAAAACAACUUCCAGCAGUCCCAGGCACCGCAACAGCGUUCUCAGAACGACCCAUACGCCAACCAUGACGUCAGCAGUGCGGCCAAUGAUCUUUUGUCGUUCGCCAGUCAGAAUGGUGGUGGCCGUAACAACCAGCCACAGUUCUCUAUGGCGCCUCAACAGCAAUCGAUGCACGCCGGCCACAUGCCUGUCCAGCCCGUAGGACAGAACAACCAUGUGCGCCGUGACACAAAGGGAUCCAUCAACAGCAUGGCGUCUGCGGACACCGGUGACUUCUCAGAGAGUGGCCAGAGUGAGCAGGCCAAAACUGCCACGCGAUCGCGCGCGAAGAAAGGAGCUAACGGCAAACAAGCUGCAGGCUCAAAGCGCAAAACCGACGACGCUCCCAAAGGCAGCCGCAAGAAGAGCAAUGCUGCCCCGUCCAUGGAUGAUGACAUGAUGGAUCAAGACUCCGACGAUGAUAUGAACAUCAAGGAUGAGGACACUCAUAAGGACGGUCGCAAGAUGACCGACGAGGAGAAGCGUAAAAACUUCCUCGAACGGAAUAGGGUUGCUGCUCUCAAAUGUCGCCAACGCAAGAAGCAAUGGCUGGCCAAUCUGCAAGCCAAGGUCGAGCUCUUUAGUACUGAGAACGACGCGCUCUCUGCUACUGUCACCCAGCUGCGAGAGGAGAUUGUCAACCUCAAGACACUGCUUCUGGCACACAAAGACUGCCCCGUGUCGCAGGCUCAAGGUCUUCACGGUGCUGCCAUGAAUAACUUCCUUGGCAGCGACAUGAACCACCAAAAUCCCUACGGCAUUGCACAAUUACAGCCAAACGGCGUCCAUAUGAUGCCAAUGCAGCCUGGCCAGAUGAUGAACCGGUUCGUAUACCCACAACCCCCGCGGCCCCAGAGUGCAGACGAACAAGAGAACGCACGCUAUCCGCCGAAGUACUGA